AAGAUGGAUGUAUUCAGAGCACUUGGAAAUGAGUCGCUGUUGUCCAACUCCUCUGGUCCGGCUCCAUGGGAUCCCUUCCACCGUCCCUUGGACUCCAUCCAGCCCUGGCACUUCAGGCUUGUGGCAGCAGUGAUGUUCGUGGUGACCUCCCUGUCUCUUGCUGAGAACCUGGCUGUGAUCCUGGUAACUUUUAAGUUCAAGCAGCUGAGACAACCUGUCAAUUACGUUAUAGUGAAUUUAUCUGUGGCUGAUUUCCUGGUCUCACUGACUGGUGGCACCAUUAGCUUUUUAGCCAAUCUAAAAGGCUAUUUCUACAUGGGGCACUGGGCUUGUGUACUGGAAGGAUUUGCUGUCACGUUUUUUGGCAUUGUGGCUCUCUGGUCUCUUGCUCUUUUGGCUUUUGAGCGGUAUGUCGUGAUCUGCCGCCCGCUGGGAAAUAUGCGCUUGAGAGGGAAGCAUGCUGCCCAAGGAAUUGCCUUUGUGUGGACCUUUUCCUUUGUUUGGACCAUUCCACCAACCAUGGGUUGGAGCAGCUACACCACCAGUAAGAUUGGAACUACUUGUGAGCCUAAUUGGUAUUCAGGAGCUUAUAAUGAUCGUUCCUACAUUAUUGCAUUCUUCACCACCUGUUUUAUAGUGCCUUUAUUGGUAAUUUUGGUAUCCUAUGGGAAACUGCUGCAGAAGCUAACAAAGGUGUCAGAUACACAAGGCAGGUUGAGAACUGCCAGGAAACCUGAAAGACAAGUGACUAGAAUGGUGGUUGUUAUGAUCAUUGCUUUUCUGAUCUGCUGGAUGCCAUAUGCCACCUUUUCUAUUCUAGCCACUGCAUACCCUUCCAUUGAACUGGAUCCUCAUCUGGCAGCAAUUCCAGCUUUCUUUUCCAAAACGGCUACUGUUUAUAAUCCAGUUAUUUAUGUCUUUAUGAACAAACAGUUCAGGAAGUGUCUGAUACAGAUGUUCAGGUGUAGCGCCAUAGAGUCUGCAGAGUCCAACAUGAACCCAACUUCAGAGAGAGCAACACUAACCCAAGACAAAAGAGGCAGUCAGUUUUCUAUCAUGGCAGUACGAAGCACCAUUUCUUAGAGGAAAAACGGAGAUGAACACAGAAAUUGCAAUUCUUUUGCUCAGUUGACAGCUUCAGGAAACAAGAUCUGUGUCUUGUAAAAGGUAGAUAUGAUCAUUAAUGCAAUAUACAGCAGUGUGUUUCCUCGUUACCCCAUCACUUCACACUAAAGAUGCCAUCAGGGCCAUUGUGCUCUGUCUCAUGGACACUAACUUUGAGAUUCUGAGCUCCCAAAUGCAUAUAAGAGCUGCUUGGCUGUGCAGUUGCAGUCAAAGACCAGCCAGAAAGUGAGUCCCUUUCUCUGUGUUUGUCUCAGCAAUCCACAGCCUACUUGCCCCCUGUUAUAAAACAGUGGAAACCCAGCGUUAUUGUGCUGACACAUAAUACAGCAAAGAAAAGAGUUUCACAUUGAUGACUGCUCCUUAUUCAGCUGGGCAAAAAAAUGAAGUGAUAUAUGGCUUCAGUACACUAAUGGAAAAUAAGUAAUAUUUAGCAUACAGCUGACUCAAGUUCAACCACACAAAAUCAUGGAGAGACAUGCUUGAGUGCCUUUUGAUUUGUUUGGAAAUUUUUACUUAAAAAGCAGAGGAAGCAUGAGGUCUCUGCACUUACAUCUAUCCCUGAUGAGAACCUCAUUUGGGCCACUAAAUUUUCCAACAACAUGGAUGGGCCGUCCAUACUUCCAAGGACUUUGUUAUUAAGAACCAUUCAUAUUCUUAAUAUCCUCUGUGCCAAGAAAUCUGUACUAAUGGCAACUUUUGAAAUAAAUCAACUAAUGCCAUCCUUUAAUUGGGGGGAGGGGGGGCUGACAAUCUUGUACCUAUUUGUCAAUUCUCUUUAUUAGAGAAAUUUAGUUGCAAGGUAUAGCAGAGUAUAAUACUUAAAGAGUAUAAUAAGUUAAAAUAACUAAUAUGUUUAAUUGUAUAUAAACGAUGCUCUUUGUCUUACUGCCAGAUUAGGAAAAACAGAUAAAAUUCAGAUUAUUUUCUUACUAGAAAGGUUGUUCAGAUUUCCUGAUUUCAUUUUAGAAGGGUUAGAUCUAAGAAUGGGAGUUACUUUACAAAUUACUUGAGCUGCAUGUGUGAGAAUUCAUUGCAAGCCACCUUUGGUUCUGGUAAUCAUCAAAUUUCAUUUGAUAGUUGGCUUUUACAAUAUAAUUUUACCCUUCGUGAACUUGAAUUUUUACAGUGCUCAAUAUUAAACCCAAACUAUAAACCUCAUUAUGAAAGCUACGUCUUUGCAAAAUUCCUGUUCUUUACCACUAACUCCAUGUUAUCUACAUCAGAAAAGUCAAUACAUGUAUAAGGCUCUUAAUUUUUUUAAAAUAUUCUAAGACAGGAGGGUUAAGACACUCAGUUGUUAUUUGUAUGCACACCCUUGUCUUCAUUAGUUUGUUUUUAAAAAAAGAAUCUUUGCAUUUAAGACUCACGUGUGUUAAUCACACAUUAAUGGUAUUAGACAUGUUAAAUCACGAGAAACUGGCAGUAGUGUUAAUAUUUAAUUAAAAGCAACAGAAGUAUUUUAUGUCCUGAGAAUUUGAGGAAAUGUAUAGUAUUUUUCUGUACUUAUGAAAGUAAAGCAUCAAAACUUAAGUAUUGGAAAAGAAAGGCACAACAUGAAGAUGCAUGGAAAACCUAAGAAAAUAAUAAGUUAAAAUUAUUUUUGCAAUCUGAUUAUUGUCUGUAUGGGAACUGUUAGGUCACAGCCUGAAGCAGUGAUUCAGAAUGUGGUGACAGGACACAGCCAGCCCUGGCAGCACAGGUGGAAUUCACCUGUGAGACCAGAAGUGGUGGAUCCUGGCUCCACCUCUCCCUAAUCUCAUUUAAGAGCUGGCAGCCAGAAGGGAAGGGUCUUUACUGGGAGAUUACCUCUUUUGGAGUGUUGGGUGAGCCCUGAUCCUUGGAAAGGGGUAAGUGUUUCCUUUAUUACUCAGCUGUGACUGCUACCUUUCUUCGAUGAUCCAAAACCAGUUUAAUGCAACUAUAUCUACUGCUACCUAUCUCUACAUUAUCAUUUAUCUUUAUCAUCCUAAUACAAGUUAGUCAUCAUAAAGUUGUAUAGAUGAGUCUUUUAGAGUAUUGCACCAAGGAGAAUGUGGUUUGUUUCUAUAAAUAAAUUGUGACUAGCAGUUUGUAAUCAAGGCAAUGUCUCCACUAACACAGUCAGUACAUAAAUAAAUAGUGUGAAGUUGGCUUUAGGUCACAUUUCCAUUGUGCACAGUGAAUAGUCUGACAUGAGGCUUUGGAUUACUGCACUCAAAAAAUCAAAAGGGAAGAAAUUCAUAGAGCAACUUUAGGGCAAUGUUCACAUUUCAGCCAGAGAGCAGACAAACAACUUUGGCUACUUGGUGAGGAAAAGAGAACUACAGUACAAAGGGAAAAGAACAGGAACUGUGAGAUUAUAUGAGACUAAACUAAAAAGUCAUGACACUGAGCCCUUCCUCCUUUUGGCUAGUCAUAAGUGCUAGAAAGAGAAGGCAAGAUUCUCUCCAGCUCAUAUAGAGGAGCCCAUAAUGUCUAACCGGCUGAAUACCUCCGGUCAGAAAUCCUGAACUACAGUUGUACAAUUCUUACUUGCAGUUUUAGCUUUUGUAAGAAUAUCUGUUCAAAGGAGGAAUGAAUUUGGCUUCCUAGACUACAGGAGACGGUCUUGCUGUGGAUGAUAACAGGUUCUUUGGAGAAAAGAGGAGUACCAGCCAUGGAAAAGUCUCAGGAGAGAUGAUCAGAAAAACAGUUUGAAUAUAGAAUGUUGAAAACAAUUGUGAAACAUGCAGAACAGAGGCUGACUGAAACAAAGGAUUAGGAAAUACGGAGAUAUAUUAGAAAUAAAAGCCAAGAUUUGUAUAUUCUUAGUGUAUGAACCCACAUGAGUGGAGGGAGGCUUAGGUUAUGCUGGAUAAAGAGGACAGCGAGAACAAUAGACAUUCUUAUGUUCUGUGCAUCAGGUCAAGCAGUUGAAUACUGAGGAAAAACAGCAGGGUGUGAUUCUAGGAGGGAGAACAUUAAUAGUACCACCAAAGAUAAGUGGCAGUUUGUCAGGAUAAAAAAAAAAAAAAAAAGGUGAAAGUCUGACAGGAGAAAGUGGAAUCUGAGGCACAGAAGUAGGGCACGGUACAUGAAGUGUGACUGAUUUCCAGGAGAGUGAAAGACAUGAGAUGUGGUGGCUGGGAGUGGUGGUGCUGCCCAGGAGCUUUCUGAAGAGAUCUAUUUUUUCAUCGUCAAGAGAAGUAAGUAGCAAAACGGAAGAAAUUGAAGGAAAGAAAGCGUAUAAGAGAAAUAGAAGCAAGCACUCACUCAGUUCAUCAUGAAUUAAACAUUAGAAAUACCUAAGCAAGAUCUAACUGACAUGCAAGGGCUCAUCUACAGCUACAUUCCUUGUGUGAAGCUCUAUCUUGUGUUCAGAGUUUGGCAAAACAGUUAAUAUCCAUUUCUGCAUGUAACUCAUGGCCUCGCUACCACUGCUAACAUUUAAUUGCACUCCUUUCACACUAGUUCCUCUAGAACGCUUUAAUAGUUUACAUUUACAGUUGUCCAAUAUCAUCUUAUCUCCCUGUUAGACAAACGCUUUGACAUGCAGCAAGUGUAGAUGUAAAAAUGUAGGCUGCAACAGAAUGACAUGAAAAUUUAGCUCUUCUAGGAAAACAGGAAAUUAAUAUUAGAAUCUAAUUAAUUCUUCUUUCAUGUGGAGAAUUAAUUAGACUUAAUAGGACCAUAGAGGCAUCACAAAUGUUUUCUUUCCAUCAAGUGAAGCCUACACUGAACAACCACUUAUUAAUCAUUCUGAUAAAGCACAGUAUCAGCAGUUCUCAUUGUCCACAACUUCCUUUUUUUUUCUUUCCCCACUUCCCUGCAAGUAUUUUCUACCAAGGGCAAGAUUUUGUUUGGUUUAUUAUUAUGAAAAUUCCCAUAACUGUGGAAAAAAUGCAUUUUCUUGAAGAAGGAAUUAUCACCAUCUGCACAUACGAACAACUGUUUUUGUAGAUGCCUACCACACAACGUUCUAGCAUUAAUAUUCUGUGUCUUAAAUGUAAUAUUUUAUCUACUGAAUGUUCCUAUUUUUGAUACAACAAGGAACAAUAGAAACUUUGGGAGUUUUCAUGCUAAAAUAUUCUCAGUAUCAUUUCAGGAGGACUUUUUUUUUCCCCUUUCUGUUAGAGUAGUUUUUAAAAUGUGUUAACAUCUUGACAUAUAGCUUAUACUCCAAUGAAACAAUAUUAGCCUUGAUAGAAAGCAUUAUAAAGUUUGUAGAUAUUUUUCAAUGUAACAAUAACAAAAAAAAUCAGAUUUGCAGUAAAAAUGGGAGCAUGGAAUGGCAUUCUUUCACUGUUGAUUGUUGUUUUUUUGGGUUUUAUUUUUAGUAUUAUAGUCAUUAAGAGACACCAUAUGCAUUAGAUACAGGGCAUGAAGGCUUUACCAUAAACACUGUCUAAGUUAGGCUGUGAAUGCUGCUAAUGAUCUUAAUGAUUUCAUGACUGGAAUAUAUGCUUGCAGCUGAAAACAAUGUGCUCACAUAUUGUUUCGAUAAACUGCUUCUUAUGUCCUUCAAUUUUCAUUUUACCACCAAGAGAAUGCCUAGAAAUUACAUCAAUUUCCUAGAUGUUGCUGUAAGAGAUGUUUUUGUUUUUCAAAAUUUGCCAGUACACCACCAUACCAUUUUUCUGCUUUGUGAUCACUUAUUAAAUUUUAAUUAUGCAACCUAGACAAAGUAACUCCUUCCUGUAAAUCUUUGAUGGUAUUUGGGGAUAAUUACUUUUUGGUUAUAGUUAAAAGUAUCAGCAAUAAUCCAUUGGUUUGUUUAUUAUGGAAAUAGCACUUUUAUUUUUUGGAACAUAAAUUACGGCUGUAAGAGCUACUAUUUUGCACUGAAGUGGUACUGGCUCCUUUGGGUUGUCUGUAAGAAAUGCACCAAUGCUGAAGGUUGGCUAAUUGCUACUUACUGAAUAAAGAAUGGAAAU